AUGUCAAGAAUAGGAAUCGAUGAGAAUUCUGCUAGUCAAGAGAAGAUAGUUAGUAUGAGUAAUGAAAGUAACAAUCAAAAUAAUCGAUUAUUACCAAAUACAAGGCAUAAUAUUGAAAUUUCAAAUUCAGCAAAUAUGGGUCUUGACGCUAUAGUGCUUGUAGUCGAAUAG